UAAAUAUUAAAGAAAUCUUACAGGCAGGUAAAGGAGAAGAUAUGAAUUCCUAUUUCACGAACCCCUCUUUAUCCUGCCAUUUAGCUAGUGGCCAAGAAGUUCUACCAAAUGUGGCCCUUAAUUCAACUGCCUAUGACCCUGUUAGGCAUUUUUCCACUUAUGGAGCAGCGGUUGCUCAAAAUAGGAUCUACUCUUCACCAUUUUACACACCGCAAGAUAAUGUUGUUUUCAGCUCCAGCCGGGGCCCCUAUGAGUAUGGAUCUAAUGCAUUUUACCAGGAAAAGGACAUGCUUACUAGCUGCAGGCAGAAUUCUAUGGGACACAAUACACAGACUUCAAUUGCACAGGAUUUUAACAGUGACCAAAACAGAACCAAUGCCCAGGAACAGAAAACUAGCAUACAGAUCUAUCCUUGGAUGCAGCGCAUGAACUCCCAUAGUGGGGUGGGCUAUGGAACGGACAGAAGGCGAGGUCGCCAGAUCUACUCCCGUUAUCAAACCUUGGAGCUGGAGAAGGAAUUUCACUUCAACCGUUAUCUGACCCGACGCAGAAGGAUUGAAAUCGCCAAUGCACUUUGCUUAACGGAGCGUCAGAUCAAAAUCUGGUUCCAGAACAGGAGGAUGAAGUGGAAAAAGGAGAGCAACCUGACCUCCACCCUGACGGGGAGCACUGGGGCUACUGCUGACAGCCUGGCCGGGGGGAAAGAGGAGAAGCGAGAAGACACAGAAGACCAGCCCAAAGAGUGA